AUAAAAUGAAACUGUUUGCCUGUGCCAUUGCCCUCGCCCUGUUUGGCCUCAGCUCCGCUGAGUCCUACGAGGAUGGAGAUGAGAGGCUGGGAUAUGUCUCCGUGGGUAGUUCAGGCGCAACCUCCCUUACCUUUAACGCAACCUCUAUUCAGAACGCGGUCAUCCUCGGUCUUUUUAUCCUCGUCCUUGCAGCUCUCAUCCUUCCCCUGUUCGGUAUAAGUCUGGCUAGUCUUUCUGGAGAUAGCGGGGAUACUGGAUACGGAUACGGAUACGAGCAACCAGCCUAUGAUACUGGAUACGAUGCUCCCGCUCAGAACUAUCAAUCCUUCGCUAAGAGAUCUAUUGAGAUGGCUGUUCCUGUUCUGGAUGCUCUCAACAAAGCGAAGGAGCAAUAUGAAUAUUAAAUCCUGAAACCCUACUCCAGGAUAUUUAUAAACAAUCUACUCCAGAUGUUCUCCGACCCUGAGCUAACCGAACCCAACCCGAAAGCACGGCAAACAAGUACAAAUCGCAGGGAAACCAAACUACAAACUGACAAAAUACCACACGAAUACGUAAACUGAGCACUGCUCUAGGACUCAUAUAUAUAGAAGUGAUUCUUAUCCUAAAUAUUUAGGAAAACUUAUAUACUCCAGUUAGGAGGGUUAGUACGUCAGAUUGACAAAUAUAUUAAACCAUGCAUUAUAUGAUUUUCAUGUUUAUAGUUUAAUAUAAUUAUUUUUGUUUUU